UCCUCCAUUAUGCAGAUUUUGUGUUUGUGUGUGAGACCGAUGAUCCUAAAGGGACCCGAAAGAAGAAGAAAUCCUGAACAAGGCCCCUAAUCCUCAACUGCUUAACUGUGUAAAGAAGCCGCUCUGGAGAAGGGCUUCUGUCAAAUGCUUUAAAUCAUAAGCUGAAGUCAUCACAGAAGGAGAAGGUUCGCCAGUUUAUGUCUUUUACCCAGGCUGGUGAGAGGACAGCCGUCUACUGCCUCACGCAGAAUGACUGGAAACUAGAAGUGGCAACGGACAACUACUACCAGAACCCAGAUCUCUACUAUAAAGAAUCCAUGAAAACCACAGUGGACCGCAAGAAGCUGGAGCAGCUUUAUAACCGAUACAAAGACCCACAGGAUGAGAAUAAAAUUGGCAUUGAUGGGAUCCAGCAGUUCUGCGACGACCUCGCUCAGGACCCAGCCAGCAUGAGCAUCCUCGUGGUGGCUUGGAAGUUCCGGGCAGCGACGCAAUGUGAAUUUAGCCGGAAAGAGUUCCUGGAUGGCAUGUCCGAGCUGGGCUGUGACAGUCCUGAGAAACUGAAGGCCAUCUUACCUCGGUUAGAACAGGAGCUUAAAGACUCUGGGAAGUUUAAAGAUUUCUACCAGUUUACUUUUCAUUUUGCCAAGAAUCCAGGCCAGAAGGGUUUAGACUUAGAGAUGGCUGUGGCCUAUUGGAACCUGGUUCUGACAGGCCGAUUCAAAUUCCUAGACCUCUGGAACACAUUUCUGCUAGAGCACCACAAGCGCUCGAUCCCUAAAGACACGUGGAAUCUUCUUUUAGACUUUGGGAACAUGAUUGCGGAUGAUAUGUCGAACUAUGAUGAGGAAGGGGCGUGGCCGGUCCUUAUCGAUGACUUUGUGGAGUUCGCUCGGCCAAUCAUCACAGCAGGCAAGCACAUAAAUGUAUAAUCACCCGCUUCCUUUCGGAGAGUGAAGGGACUUUUUUUUAUAUUCCGAAAAUAAAAAUUGAAAUAGAAAACAAAGAAAACGCAAGAGACUUUAAAGAGGCGAGUCUGUGCUACCGAACAUUAUAUGGACGCAUCAUGGGCAUCACCACCAGGGGGCAGCAGUGACGCUUGAGGAGAGCUGGGGAAAUGGGCCCCUCUGGUUUUUGAGUUGCCCCGCCUUUUCCAUUCAACACUUUGUAUGCAGCUUUGAUCCCUAUGGAAAUCUGGCAACCAAGGUGGAAAAGAUGAACAAGGAUGGAGGGUUUUAUUUUAUUUCUUUUAGAAGGUGUGUUUGACAGUUGCUGCUCUUCAUCACGUUACUUUCCUCCUCCUCCUCCUCCUCCUCCUCCUUCGGAAUAUUCCCAUCACAGCGGCUGAUGGAAACACGUUCUGAUUUUGCCCCGUUGUUAUAUGGACAUCAUGACCCUUUAACCAUCUACAGUCCAGGUGUAGGAGCGUCUCGAGUGCCCGCAUCUGAAACCCCAGGAGGCAGGAAUACAGGAUGAUGAGGAGGAGGAAAGAAAUCGGAGGAUUCAAGGUCAUGUACAUGUUUUAUCGAGCUGUUACGAUCAUCUAUAUAGGACAUGAGAACUCUGGUUUACCCCUGAUGGUCCAGAUGAACACGCAAUGUGAACACGCAAUUCCCGAUCGUGAAGCAAGAAAACACGUAGCGAUGCCCAGAACGCCAGCGUAUUGCUACUGCUCUACAUACCAGCGAUGGUGAGACGUGAUGCGGAAAACGUACAAAAACAUUCGCUUAUUAACGUGAAAUGGAAGUAUAUCGAAUUAAUGAAUCGUUAUACACCGAUCAGGCAUCACAUUAUGACCACUGGUGAGGUGAAGAACACUGAUGAUCUCUUCAUCAUGGCACAUGUUAGUAUGUGGGAUUUAUUAGGCAGCAUGCGAACAUCUUGUCCUCAAAGUUGACGCGUUAGAAGCAGGAAAAAUGGGCAAGCGUAAGAAACAAAUUGUGACGGCUAGACGACUGGGUGUCAGAGCAUCUCCAAACCUGCACCUCUUGUCUGCAGUGGUUAAUAUCUAUCAAAAGUGGUCCAAGGAAGGAACAGUGGUGAACCGAACCAAGGCACAUUGAUGCACGUGGGGAGCGAAAGCUGGCCCGUGUGGUCCGAUCCUGUAUCUCAAAUUGAAAGCAAAAAAGGGGGACUAACGCAAUAUCAGGCAGGUGGUCAUAAUGUUAUGCCUGACAUACAUGGACUUCUUAAUUGCGAUGGUUUGAGAGCUAAGAUCCAAUAUAGUGGGUUUUAACAUUUGUUUUAAAAUAGUUCUGAUUUCAGAUGGAUUUAUGGUUUUUUUUUGUUUUUUUUAAAAUAUGCACAUAUCACGCUAUCAUCAAACUGCAGAAAAUUGUGACCGAGUGAUUUUUUUUUAGCAACCGAUUGCUUUAAACACUAAUUUCCAACGAGUGAACGUCGAGUUAAUAAUGUUACAUUUUUGUUCUACGCACAACCGAAGUGUUCUCGUUUGUUCCUUUCGAUUUUUAUGAUCAUCAGUUCCGGACAAGGUGCUACGGUGUUCUGGUUUCACCUCACUUCGUUUGUUGCCAUUUUGUCCGGUCUGAUGUCACGUUCCUUUCCGUCACGAGGAAGGGUGGCAUCAUCGUCACAUGGUACGCCUCUCAGAGUGUCCCUGAGCGCAGAGUUCGGCUCGUCAAAUCAGUAUUAUCGCAUAUGUAAAUAAAGUUUAUUUAAGGAGAAACGAACGGCAAAUCUCCAUUGUCGAAUCCAAACUCGUUGGUUUGUUUGACUGUGGAGUGAAGAGAGCGUUAAAUAAAGCAUGUUUUUAACAAAAUGAAAA